AUGAUUGCCCUACCUUCUUUAACCACUGAUAUUACCGUGAAGGUCAACUCUUCUGCGAAGAAGACUGAACCGGUUCGCCGUCCAAUUGAACCUGUUGGAAAAUAUUUCCUACACCACGCUCAAAGAACAUUGAGAAACCACACCUGGUCUGAAUUUGAAAAGAUUCAAGCUAAGGAGAACGUCAAGACAGUUGAGGAAUCUAACGUCGAUCCAGACGAACUCUUGUUUGAUGAAGAACUUACCGAUGAAACCUUGUUGGAGCAUGAUCCAAGAGACUGGAAAACUGCUGACUUGUAUGCAGCAAUGGGUUUGUCUAAGUUGCGUUACAGAGCCACUGACAAUCAAAUCAUUAAGGCUCACAGAAAACAAGUUUUAAAGCAUCAUCCUGACAAGAAAUCGGCUUCAGGUGCGGGUUUGGAGCAAGAUGGUUUCUUCAAGAUUAUUCAAAAAGCUUACGAAACUCUUACUGACUCCAACAAGAGAGCCCAAUAUGACUCUUGUGAUUUCAAUGCUGACAUUGAACCACCAAAGAAGGGCAGUAAGUAUGACUUUUUCGAAUCUUUCGGACCGGUUUUUGAAUCCGAAGCUCGUUUCUCCAAGAAGCAACCAGUUCCUCAAUUGGGCGCAGCAGAUGCUUCCAAGGAAGAGGUCGAAAAGUUUUACAACUUUUGGCAUAGAUUUGAUUCCUGGAGAACUUUUGAAUUUUUGGAUGAAGAAGUCCCAGAUGACUCUUCUAACAGAGACCACAAGCGUUACAUCGAAAGAAAGAACAAAGCCGCGAGGGAUAAAAAGAAGACUGCCGACAACGCCCGUUUGGUUAAACUUGUUGAAAGAGCUAUGAACGAAGACCCUCGUAUCAAACAAUUCAAAGAAGAUGAGAAGAAGGAGAAGGAGAGAAAGAAGUGGGAAAGAGAAGCGGGUGCUAGAGCUGAAGCUGAGGCCAAGGCUAAGGCUGAGGCUGAAGCUAAAGCAAAGGCUGAGGCAGAUGCUGCUGCUGCUGCUUCUGCCAAGGCUGAUAAGAAAAAGUCGAAGGAAGCUGCAAAGGCCGCGAAGAAGAAGAACAAGAGAGCUAUUCGUGGUGCUCCAAAGGAAGCUGACUACUUUGGUGAUGCUGACAAAGCUACCACUAUUGAUGAACAAGUUGGUCUAAUCAUUGAUUCCUUGAGUGAUGAGCAAUUGGUUGACGUUGCAAACAAGAUCAAGGCAGAUGCUGGAUCGGCUAAGGAAGUCUUGUCAUCUGCCGCUAAGGAGUUGGCUGAGGCCAAGAAGCUACCUGUGAGCGUCAUCUCAUACUUUGCUUAA